AUGCACGUUAUUCAUGUCAACCCAAAUGAUAAUCACUCUCCGCGUGACGUCAUGCGCGCCGGCGGACGAAAAUCGAACAACGGAGCAUACGCCACUGGAUUAGGAUCACGGAUUAGGAUGUUUUUAGUGCUCUUGUUUUGCUCCUUCGUUCUUCAAAUAAAAAAAUCCUGUCAGUAG